AGGGGGAUCGUAGUAAAAUUAGGCGAUGGAAUCGAUGGAGGGAUCGACCCCCAUGGAUGACCAUCUCGAGGACCACAGCGAUCGAGCGGUGUCCGUCGGAGCUGCCAUGGAACGCCAAGUGUGCGGCACGGACAGCGUGUCGCCGACGGUCGACUCGUGCACUUGCCGUGGUGAGGCCAAGUCGGCUUCCAUCACGUCGUUCAUCGACAUCAACGACGUUCUCGACGAUUCGUUCGACGCGAGUCGAAGCGACGUCGAACCAACUGCCACUACGUCCACCACCACGAGCAGCGGCGCCCACUCUGCACUUGACAACUCUGGCACGUCAGCCGUUGGUGACACCAUGGACACGGGAUCGACCGACACGACAACUGCGACGUCUACAGCCACGAAUGCGUCGUCUUCAUGUAGCUUUGCGUAUUUGGCGCACACAGAGCCCGAGACUCCGUUAGACGGCAUUGUGAUCCACCCGAACGACGUACCGGCCAGGAAGGCCUCGUCUGCUCGAAAGGUCGUCAGUGGCGAGCUCGUGUCGGCGCCGGGUCGACAAACGCGCCGCCGCGGGAUGAAAGAAUUGUACCUGCUCUUGUGCGACAAUGGCAAGCUUCUGGGAGGCAAGACGGUCAUGGCGGUCUCGACUGCGCUGUUUUCGGUCGCGCUCGUCAUCUGCGUAGUUGCGCUUCGUUCGAAGACGCGUCAAGUCGUCAAGAUGCCGUCGGGAGUGCUCCUUGGGUCCCUUGGCACGCUAAUCAUGUCUUGUGUCGUGCUGACCUCGUACCUCCUCAGUCCUGGCUGCCGCCGGCACUCCAACAUCCUCUUGCUCAAUCGAAGCAUCAUGGACCUGCUCCUGGCGCUUUCGUUUUUGCUCCAACCCGCGUGGAACAAUUGGAACGAAGGGUCGGAAGUCGGCACGUCGUGCCAAUACGUGUCGGCCAUUCGCGAAUACUUUAUCAUGACGUCGGCCGCGUGGGAGUUUUGCAUGGCGAUCGAUCUGUUUUCUCUGCUAAAUGAUCCAUUCACGUCGCCUCGAAAGAACCGCGGGCGGUACCAAUUGUUUUCGCACGGCCUUGGGCUGCUCGGCGGCGGUGUCAUGCUGACCAGCUCGUCGUUUUACGGAACGUCGGUCGGCGACUUUUGCUGGGUCAAGAGCAGCGGCCUGGACCAGGGCCACUUUUUCGUGUUUGAUGCAGGCGUGUGGAUCUUUAUCGCGGUGCCAGUCCUGUGCUUUCUUAGCACCAACAUUUACGUGUGUGCUGUGUCGGCCAAGCGGUUUCGCAGCGGGAUCGAAGCAACUCUCGAGCAUCGCCGCGGGCUCCUCCGCGAAGGCUUUUUCACGACCGUCGCGUACAUUGUGUACUGGCUGCUGCUGUGGGGCGUGUACGUGGCGUUUUGGCUGACGAAACCCGACGGUGGCAUCCUUCCCGAACUAUUUGGGUUCCUCUUGUCGUUUCGAGGGAGCGUUGUGUUUGCAUUGUGGAUUUUGUACAGCAGCCCGACGGGCCACGACGGACGCGAGCGGACGAUUCAAGACCGCGACGACGCCAUGCGCGCCCAAACCAACUAUGCGCUGCUCAAGGAGCUCGUAUUUUACACGACUCGGGGCAUCACAAAGGCGGUCCAGGUCGCCAACAAGCGGCAAGCGCUCGAGCUGCCCGAGGUUUCGAUCUUUACCGUGCACCCGCCGCACAACGAACACUCUUUGUUUUCGUGCCACGAGUGCAAGUUUACCGACAUGCGUCCCGACGUGUUUUGCCACGUCCGCGAGUACUUUGGCGUGGACGACCGCGACUUUAUCGACGCGUUUGCCAACUGCAGCAUCCCGAAAGUCAGCGAAGGCGCGAGCGGCUCGUUUAUGUUUUUCACGACCAACGGCGCGUACAUUGUCAAGAGCGUGACGCGGCGCGAGAGUUUGUUUUUGCGGUCGAUUGUCGACAAGUACGCGGCGUACGUGUAUGCAAACCCGGGCACGUUUUUGACGAGGAUCCUCGGCACGUACUCGAUGGUGUUGUACGGUCGGGAAACGUGCUUUGUCGUGAUGGAAAACUUGUUUGACAAGCAUCAUGCUGUCCACCAUCGGUACGACAUCAAGGGGUCGUGGAUCGAUCGGAAUGCGGAGAAGGCGCGCCGAGGCCAAGAGUGUACUUGCCGGUGCGACGUGUCUCGAUCGUUGAAUACCGUCGUGCAGCACGUUGCAAGGAGGACGCGGGCUCUCUCAUGGCUGCUGCGCUAGGUAUUGCAAUAUGACGUUUCGCACGGGGAACCGAGACAGUUGUCCGAACCGCGCCGGGUUUCACGAGCCGAACGUGGUGCUGAAAGACAUGGACUUGACGACCAAAGUAAUGGACAUCUCGACCAUGUGGCGUUGAUAUGCGUGGAUGGUAGGUGCGCCUGAGCGACGCGCAGGGGCCGUUUGUUGUCGCCCAGCUCAAGAAGGACAGCGACUUUUUGUGCGACCACGGCAUCAUGGACUAUAGUUUGCUCUUGGGCGUGAUUGAAGUCCGCUUCCACGUCACAGCCACCAACAUCAUUCCUGACCAAGCGGAUCCCGUCCAGCUGCCGUCGGCCGUCCAUAGCCGCAACCCGACGGGGAAGCGACCCAUACCCAAGCAAUCGAUUGCGUCGGUGCGAGCGGCCGACGUGGUUGUGGGCCCGGGCUUCUUUUACAUGGGGAUGAUUGACAUUUUGCAAACGUGGACGUGGGAGAAGCGCGUCGAACGCUUUGUCAAGACGGUGCUCCUGCGCAAAGACGGCGCCGGCAUUUCGGCCCUGCCACCAAAACCAUAUCGAGAUCGUUUUCACAAGAAGCUGGACGAGAUUUUUCACAUGCCGAGUUUGGCCACGAGCCAUGCAUCCCCCCUUGGCCGGGUCGACGUGGCGACCCCCGCGGCCGCAAGUAAAAUCUUUCCAGUCUACAACGACACGGGGUCGUCCAAGAUGAGCUUUCGCAACGAGUGGCGCGACAGCCCUCCACCAGACGCCACGCCGCGUGAGUUUGACAUGGAGGUCGGGGAAGCGAUGGCAGUCCGAUGAACGACGACGGCAUGUGCCGCCCGUCGACUCAUGUGGCGCAUGAAGGAUGGAUAACGUCGUGUGCCCCGUGUUUGCAUGGAUUGUUUGGAGGAGGCAUGUUGUUUGCACAAGCAAGGCAGAACGGCUUGAGUGGAUGUGCGCGACUUUGCAGUGUCUGGCCCGA